AUGUCUCCCCCGCUACGCAAAGUAGCCAUACUCGGCGCCUCGGGCCGCCUUGGUGCCUUUAUCUUCAGAGCAUUGCACCAAAGCAACAAGUUCGAUAUCACCGUCAUCAGUAGAUUCAGCUCCAAGCCAGCCGAGUAUCCUGCCCCGACCAAGGUCGUUCAUGUUCACGAUGAGUACCCACCACGCGAGAUGGUAGAGGCCUUUUGUGGCCAUGAUGCUGUGGUGCUGGCUUCGGGUUUAGUAGCCGAGGGUUACCUUAUCGAGCUCGCUCGUGCUUCUGUUGAGGCCGGUGUCAAGAGAUUGAUCGCUUCGGGUUACGGCGCUGACAGCGCCAAUGAAGAAGCCGUAAAGGUCUUUCCCGUUGCAGCUGCAAAAGCGCGCAUGAUUGAGCAUCUCAAGGGUCUCGAGCAGCCUGGUUGGUCUUGGACUGAGAUUGCUUGCGGACCUUUGCUAGAUAUGGCCGUCCAAGUCGGGUUCUUCGGUAUUAACCCUGAAGCUAAAACAGCUGAGGUCCUGGAUGAUGGAAAUGCCAAGUUUACCGCUACUACCCGUGAUGGUGUCGGCCAAGCUGUCGUUGGCAUUCUCAGUCACCCAGAAGAAACAGCGAAUCGCAUUGUCUAUAUCUCGUCGACAGAGCUGUGUGUGAAUGACGUCCUAGAGGCCGAGCAAAGGCUCGUCGGUAGGGAAGGAUGGAAGAUCAAGCAUGUCAAGACGGAUGAAGAGAUCAUCAAGGCAAACAAGGUCGUGGCUACAGCCACCGAAAUGAUGCCCAGAAUGAUAGCUACUAGAAGAUUGGCACUGGCAGUCACUGUUCAAGAAAGAUGCGGGGCGAAUUUUGAGAAACGGGGUAUCCUCGACAAUGAGUUGUUGGGAGUACCGCAGGAGAUCAUCCAAGAGGUUGUCGCGCGAGUUAGGAUCGGGCGCUAA